AUGCGUGUGUAUGAUAUCAUCCUGCAGCUCCACGGUCCACCCCAUGCCAUCCCCCCCAUCCCCACGACCCUCUUGCAGGGGUUCCUGCCGGCCUUUGAGCGCAUAGGGCGGGUGUGUCACGUGUACCUCACUCCUUCAGACGUCUUCCUCCUGCACAACGUGCUCUCCGCUGAUGGCAUGCAGGCCAUCGCACAGUUCCCCACUGCUGAGCUCUUCUCGGAGCAUCUCAUCAGCAGCGCCAGUGCCGAUCGCAUCGCCUUCUCGCUCGACCUCUCGCUGCUCGCCCGCGCCCUGCGCUCCUCCCUCGCCACCGCCGCCACGCGCCACCAGCUGAAGCUCGUCAAGAAGAGCACCAACCCCACUGCUCCUGCGCUGCCCUUCCUCUCCCUGGAGGCCAAGGGCGAGCGGUCAAGCAUCGUGCAGGACAUCCCCAUCUCGACACCGCUGCCUCGCUCCCAGCUCAACGAGCUGCAGGCUGGCAUCGACCUCGUGCACUCGCUGCCUGAGACCCUCGUGCAGCUGCCUGAUCUGCCGUCCUUGCGGCACUUAGUGGAGCGUCUGCAGAGUGUGGGCGAUGUGGCUGACGUGGCAACGAUGAGGAGCGGUGCGCUCGCCAUGCGCACCCACACGCCCUCCAUCACGGUUGCCGCCCAGUUCAAGAACCUCAGAGUCUUUGGCGCCAACUCAGAGAGCCAGCAGAGUGGAGCGGGAGUGGGGGAGGGCAGCAGGCAAGGGGGGGGCGCAGAUGACGAUGCAGACAUAUCGGGGCUGUCCACACGGCUCAGACAGAUGCAAGCUACAGGCGAUGCUACAGUCGUGUCAGUGAGUGUGAAGCACCUCGCACGCAGUCUGCAGUGCUACCUCACCCGCCCCGACGCCUCCUAUUGUGGCGUGGCACCCAACGAGGCGUGUCUGCUCAUGAUCUUCCAAUACGCCGCCUCGCCUAUUAGCCUGCAGUACCGCCUGCCUCUCCUCGACCCGGGCGCAAAGUGUCGCCUCGGCCUUCACACCCCAUGCACGCUUCGUGCGAGCUGCACGGUCCUGGUGGAGGUGCUGGAGGAUGUGUGCGAGGAGGAGCUGGAGGAGCUCGUUCCCAACCCUUUCUACCCCGAUCCUGCUGCCUCUGCGAGCAGGGACAGUGAUGCAGAGCUAGUGGCGGAAGCUGGAGAGGAGGAGGAGGAGGAGGAGGAGGAGGAGGAGGAGGAGGAGGAGGAGGAGGAAGAGGAGGAGGACUCGGAGGAGGAGGAGGAAGAGUACGAGGAGGACGACGAGGAGGAUGAGGAGAAGGAGGGUGAGGAGGAUGGCGAUGUGGUCGCGGAGGAGGUGGGGGCUGGAGGGGGAUGGGAGGAUGAUGGCGAAGAGUGGUGGGCAGAAGGGCGAUAUGACGGGGAGGAGGUGGAGACGUGGGUUGCUGGACAGGAUGAGGAUUAG